AUGCCAUCUCAACCCUCUCCUCGCGAUGCAGCUCAGUUUCAAGGCGGCGAUGUCGCCUUCAUCCUCGUCGCUGGCAUCCUAGUGUUGUUCAUGGUCCCUGGUUUAGCAUUCCUGUAUUCCGGGCUGGUGAGACGUAAGAGCGCGCUUGGUCUCAUAUGGGUCGUUUCUGGUGCCAAUGCCGUUACCAUUUUUCAAUGGUUCUUCUGGGGCUACUCGUUGGCGUUUUCGUCCAGCGCGACCAAUGGAUUCAUUGGUGAUCUGAAAAAUUUCGGUCUGCGAAAAGUGUUGGGGGAUCCUUCACCUGGUUCCCCGCUCAUUCCAGAGCUUCUCUAUGCUUUCUUUCAAAUGGAAUUUGCGUGUGUCACAGCUGCGAUCCUUAUGGGCGGCUUUGCAGAGCGUUCUCGGAUCCUGCCCGCGAUGGUCAUCACGUUUCUUUGGGUAACACUCGUCUAUUGUCCAGUGGCUUGCUGGGCUUGGUCAACCAACGGAUGGGCUUUUAAGUGGGGCGUCCUCGAUUUUGCAGGCGGAGGACCAGUCGAAAUCGGAAGUGGUGUUGGCGGCCUCGCGCUUGCUUGGGUCCUCGGACGCAGAGGCAAAAAUGAGCUGCUGCAUUUCCGCCCGCAUAACGUGUCGAUGGUCAAUCUAGGCACCUUCAUCCUCCUGUUUGGAUGGCUUGGGUUCAAUGGAGGCUCUGCCUUUGGCGCAAAUCUCCGCGCCAUCACGGCGAUAUGGAACUCGUUGCUUGCCGCAUCGUUUGGAGGAAUGACCUGGGUGCUACUUGACUUUAGGCUGGAGAGAAGAUGGAGCAUGGUCGCUUUGUGUUCCGGUACCAUUGCGGGUCUUGUGGCAGCAACACCAUCAAGCGGGUUUGUCCCACCUUGGGCUAGCAUCGUAGUGGGGAUUCUAUCUGGAGCGUUGUGCAAUUUCGCAACCCAGCUCAAGUUCCUGCUGGGCAUAGACGACAGUCUUGAUCUGGCUGCUGAGCAUGCUGUAGGCGGAAUUGUUGGUCUGUUGUGCAAUGGCCUUUUCGCAUCAGCUGAUGUCAUCGCUCUGGACGGAAUCAACACGUCCGUUCCGGGUGGAUGGAUCGACCGCAACUUCAAGCAGCUGUACAUCCAACUUGCUUAUGUCGUCGCCUGUUCAGCGUAUGUCUUCGUUAUGACGGCAGUGAUUGUCAAGGCGGUUGAUAUGGCGGGGUUGAAGCUGAGGCUGACACCAGAAGAAGAGAAGCUGGGCAUGGAUGAAGUGGAGAUCGGCGAAUUCGCCAGCGACUACAUCGAAAUCAGAAGAGAUCUCAUGGAUGAUCCGUCGUUUGCGUCACAACAGUCACAGGAGAGGGCUGCGCCAGUUGCAGCGGGCGACAGGCAUGCUGCCCCAGACCUCGACAUGGCGUCUGACCAACAAAGCGGGGAGCAAUCGGAGUCAGAUGGGCGGGCAGCGGUCGAUGAGAAAAUGGAAUAA